UAAUUACUCAGGCUCUUCUUUCCUCAACCAUCAUGCACACUAUGCCUGACGGCUUCUUGACAUGUCUUCUCACAGGACCUUCAGAAUCAAGCUAUACCUGGCCAAGAAACAGAAGCAAAAUCAUCCUGUUCCUCAGUGGAUUCAGAUGAAAACUAGUAACAAAAUCAGAUACAACACUAAUAAGAGAAGACACUGGAAAAUGAAGUUAGGUCUGAAAGGAUUCACACAAUGGCAAGACUGGGGGUUUAUACUGAAUUGUGGUCACAAUCAGUCCACAUUUCAACCUUUUUAA